AUGGCCAAUAAAAGAGAACCAGCUCCAGAGAAGAGUACCGAAUCAAUCUGCUCUUUAACUAAACCGCAGCUGUAUUCAUUAUAUGAUGAUGACGUAGUGAGAUCAGAAGAUAACGAAAUUUAUGAAGAGUUGAAACGCUCUGUCUCUAUAGACUCUGGCAAAUAUAGUAGAGAUCAAACUAUUGAUUCAACUUUCUACUCGGCCGAUAAAGCUGGCGGCUCGCUGCCAAGGAAUGCGAUUUCGUCUAAUAACUUGGAAAGAAUAUUAUCAGCUUCAUCCAUUCACGAGAACUUUCCGUCAAGAACGAGGCAAACCCGUCAGAAUUUCUUUCAUUUCUUUCAAGCCAUCUUGAUCCUGUCGUUGAGUGGUUUCGCAUAUCAUGAACUGUCCAGAAAUUUGCAUGAUAAUCAUCUGUUACAUCCAGAAUUUGCAUCGAGACCUCUUCUUCUGGGUGUCAAACUCUGUAACUGGCUAUCAAAUGGUGUUCUGCCUGACUGGUUAGGUUACGCCGUCGAAGGGGUGUUAUUUGGUUCUAUUGUACCAAUUCUAGAUAAUAUUUUCCAAACAGAGGUUGUUAGGAGUUCUGCACAUCAUGAUAGCUUGACCUCUGUCAUUAGAAGUAUUAACGCCAUGUUGGGAGUUACAUUCGGAAUCAGGAAAAUACAGUGGAACUCUUCUUUACAAGCUGCAGGUGCUUGGGGCCUUCUGAAUGUUAUAUUAUGGUUGUUUUUUGACGGUUCAAUAUCCAUGCUGAUGAGCUGCAUCUGUAUUGGAAUAGGUUGUUGUAUCUCAUGUUAUAAGGACAUUUUCGACGGUUCUCAAUUUCUAUAUUUCAUGGAUUUUUAUUUCCUUGGUUCUCUGAUGUUCGGUAAAUUAGGAAGAUAUCUAUAUUCUCAUUAA